AUGGUUAAUAUGACAAACAUUUCAACCAUUUUAGAAGCCAAUGAACCACAGUCAGUGCAAGGUGCACUCAGCCUGGAAGAGCAUCGUGCUCUGUCAUUUACAGCAGUGUUAGUUCUCACAAGUCUUUUUGCAUUCUUCACCUUCAGCAUCACAGGAGCAAUUAUUGUCUUUUGUAAGAAGAAAAACUCAGUGUUUGCCCUACAGAAGUGCGAACAGGAAUCGGAUAUCGACUACGAACUUGACGACCUCAACAGCACUGAGAUAGAAAUGAGUGAUGAUGGCUUGGACGACCAGACAUGUUCUGCAACAAAACGGUCAGCCACUUACCCUGAUCUGAAAAUCGUUUGUAACAGGAACUACAGACCUCACAGUGUGAGAGAUGUCGGCAAGUACGAGACCGAAAAGCAGGGAGGGGGUACAGAGAUUCCUCGGGCGCACACCUUUUCUUUUGAAAAAUAUGAAUACACACCAAUAGCACUGAGUGUUCCUAGCCUCGAGGGAGUCUUCUGUUAUGAUUCAAAAAUUACCAAAAUUGAAUCAGUUGAAGAUGGAAACCUUACGCACCACCCUCUCUCCUCUCAUACGAAUGGCCAUUUUUGUCCUUCAUCUCUCUUCUAUAUAAAUGACCAUUUUUUUCCACAUUUUGCACUCAUAAAAAUAACCAUUUUUACAUCCUCCCCUCUUUCUCUCUCAUAUAAGAAUGGCCAUUUUUCAUCUUCCCCUCUCUCUCUCUCUCACAUGUAUGAUGAUUUUUUUCCACAUUCCUCUCACUCUCUCUCAUAUGAAUGA